AUGAUGUCCACACUGCUGCUGCUUUCCGCCCUGGCCAGCCUCUUCAUGGGCGAGGCAAAGGGACAGUCACUUCAGGCUGGGAAGUGCCCAGAUCCUCCUGUGCAAGAGAACUUUGACCUGAACAAGUAUCUUGGAAGAUGGUAUGAAAUUGAGAAGAUCCCAACGACCUUUGAGAGCGGACGCUGCAUCCAAGCCAACUACACGCUAAAGGAAAACGGAAACAUCCAAGUGAUAAACCAGGAGAUCAGAGAUGAUGGGUCAUUGAAUCAAAUUGAAGGUGAGGCCACUGUGCCUGAUGCCAGCGAGCCUGCCAAGCUGGGAGUCAAGUUUUCUUGGUUGAUGCCUAUUUCACCGUACUGGGUCCUGGACACCGACUAUGAAAACUACAGCGUCGUGUACUCCUGUGUCUCAUUUAUUCAGCUCUUUCACUUUGAGUAUGCGUGGAUCUUGGCAAGAACUCCAAGUCUCCCUCCAGAAACGGUGUCCAACCUAAAAGCUAGCCUGACUUCUUACGACAUUGCUGCAGAUAAAAUGACCGUCACAGACCAAGCAAACUGCCCCAACUCCCCGCAGUGA